CCGCUGCCAGUUGCGCUGCAGCGCUCGCCGCGUGCACACGUCUCUCAGUGUCUGCGAAUAUCAUACAUUCCACACAUGCCAGUCGGAUCGUGAGUGUCCAUCUGGUUACGUAAUUCGACUGCUGGCUUGUUUGAUUGAUGUGUCAAUGUGACGCUUAUACCUAAAAUGCUAUAGUUUUGAUGUUGGUACAUUCUAGCGGUGCAAAGACAAUGGGAACUGAGGAUUAAAGAACAGCAACAACAAAAAACAAGUCAGAUAUUAUAUUGUUGUGCGAGUUGCGGAGCGUCGCUGGCUGCAGUAGCGACGGGGGAGCUUCAGGUGUAAAAUGGAACAUGAUCGCCGGCUGUACAAAUAUAGGACGUCACUACCUGUGGCCCAAUUCAGCCGAGGCGACUUCAACCUCUGGUCGGUCCUGAAGAAUUGCGUGGGGAAGGAGCUGUCCAAGAUCACGAUGCCGGUCGUAUUCAACGAACCUUUAUCGUUCCUGCAGCGCAUGCUGGAGUACCUCGAAUAUGCGCACCUUCUAAGAAUGGCAUCGGAACAGACGGAUCCAGUAGCAAGGAUGGAAUAUAUCGCCGCAUUUGCAGUGAGCGCUUUGGCUUCAAACUGGGAACGUCUGGGCAAGCCAUUCAACCCUCUCCUCGGUGAAACUUACGAACUAGAACGUCCCGAGUUCAGGGCCGUUUGCGAACAGGUAUCGCACCAUCCUCCAGUAUCAGCAUUCCACGCUGACAGUCCUCACUUCGUCUUCCACGGCUCCGUGCAUCCAAAACUCAAGUUCUGCGGUAAAAGUGUGGAGAUUCAGCCCAAAGGACAUGUUACCGUCGAAUUGCCCAGAUGGGGUGAGGCAUACACUUGGAGCAACGUGAACUGCUGCGUUCACAAUGUGAUCGUCGGCAAACUUUGGAUCGAACAGUACGGAGCUAUGGAAGUGACCUGUCAUGGCGGGGCCGGACUCAAAGCCAACCUCGCGUUCAAGCCAGCCGGUUUCAAUAACAGGGACUUGCACAGAGUAGAUGGAUUUAUUAUUGAUCAAAGCAAAAAGCGUCUCCGCUUCCUUUAUGGUAAAUGGACUGAAUACAUAAAGUGCUGCAGCGCGGCGGCACACGAACAAUGGGCGCGCGAGCGCGGCGACGACGCGCAAACUCCUUCGCAUACACCCAAGAAAGUUCUCGCCAAGCUCAAUAGUUUCAAAGUCGGGGCAUUGAGAUCUAUGUCUAUACAGGAUAAUGACGAUGCAGAGAACUCAGAAGACGUGCCAAAGCCAGACGAUUCCUUUAACAUCGACAUCCCAGGAUCCGUUACGCUUUGGGAAGCGCGACCGAGACCCAGCAGCAGUGCACAGUAUUACCAAUUCACCGAAUUCGCGAUGUCCUUAAACGAGUUGGAACGAGAUAUGAAGGGACAGCUAUGUCCCACGGACAGUCGGCUGCGACCAGACAUUCGGUUGCUGGAGCAAGGAGAUAUAGACGCAGCCGCUACUGAGAAAACCAGACUUGAAGAGAAGCAACGAGCGGCGAGGAAGGUUCUCAAAAAGAACGUCGAUGCUUGGCAACCAAGGUGGUUCAGCCAAGGCACAAACCCGUAUACGAAGCAAGAGGACUGGCUCUACAACGGAGGCUACUGGGAUCGCAACUACCAACAUCUUAAAGACGUCGAUAUAUUUUAAAUUCUCGUCUUAUCUGUGUAAUCUUCAACACCAAUGUGUUAUUAAAAUAAAUGUUGUCAUAGAGUCAUUGAUGUUAUCGCGGAAAUUUAAACCAAGAGUGAGGAUUGACGUUAUAAAGAGUUCGUCAUUUUAGAUAAUUCAAAAGUAAGCACUGCUAGCUACGUAGCUUAACAAAAAUGUAGUAGUUACAUAUUUUGAAGUUUUAUAAAUAUAAUGUCGGCCGGCGAGGAGAAAGUACAGUAAUUAUGAAUAAGCUAAUUUCAUCCUUUG